AUGAGUCUUGAAAUCAACGUUAAGCAUGCGGGAAAAGUGUACCCUAUAACGUUGGGCCAGCAGGCAACAGGAUCCGAUCUCCUGCUAAAGGUGGAAGAAGUCACACAAGUACCCCAGGACCGCCAGAAGUACAUGUUGAAGGGAGGACUGAAUAAAGACACAAUUCUUACAAACGUUGUCAAGAACGGUCAGUCGAUCAUGGUUUUAGGGACUCCAGAUGCGAAUUUGGUUUCCAAGCCCAAAAAAGAACAGAAAUUCGUCGAAGACUUGGACGAGAGUGCGCAAUAUCAACAUUUAUCGCAACUGCCGCCAGGUCUGAAAAAUCUAGGUAAUACAUGCUACAUGAACUCCACUCUCCAGGGAUUGUAUAACAUUGCACCGCUUCGCGAGCAAGUGUUAAAUUUCGACACGCCGGCUGCAAAUGAUGACAACGUUGCCCAUGUUCGUCUUGUGGCUGAGUUAAAGCGAUGCUUUCAAUCGCUCAAGGACAAGAAGGAAGAGUCCGUGACUCCUAUGCUUUUGUUAGCGAUGUUGAGGAAGUGCUACCCACAGUUCGCCGAGCGCGACGAACAGUCGGGAUAUUUCAAACAGCAAGAUGCGGAAGAACUUUUCACUCAACUAUUUCAUUCUCUGCAAAUUGUUUUUGGAGAUCAACUUACCCAAAAGUUCCGCAUUAACUUCCAGACCACGAUCAAAGACACUGCUAAUGAGCAAGACGUCACAGUGAAGAAUGACGACAACGACAUGAAACUGCAGUGCCAUAUUUCCGGUACAACAAAUUUCAUGAAAAGUGGGCUUGCAGAGUCUUUGAACGAAAGCAUCGAAAAAAGAUCCUCUGUCACUGACGUAAAUUCAGUAUUUUCUGUGGAAAAAAAGAUCACCAAAUUGCCUGAGUAUCUCACAGUACAGUACGUGAGAUUUUUCUGGAAGAGAAACACUAAUAAGAAAUCGAAGAUUUUGAGAAAAGUGGUUUUUCCUUUUCAGUUAGACGUUAGUGACUUGCUAGAGAGCAAGUACGCUCAGGAGAAAAUCAAAGUCAGAGAAGCUCUACGUGAGGUAGAGAAAGAAAAAAUAGAAGACGAUCGUGAAACGAAAAGGCGGAAGAUAAACGGCGAUGAUCAAGACGACGAAUCAUCGGAAACAAUGACUCCAAGAGAAUUAGUAGAAACGCAAAACGCGCUUGAGGAGAGUAAAAAGGAAAAAUGGAGACAGGAGUACAGGAGUAAAUUUCCCACUGAUCUAGCACAGGGUGAAAAUCCCUCUUGCGUUUACAAUUUGAUUGGUGUUAUUACUCAUCAGGGCGCAAAUUCGGAAAGUGGCCAUUACCAGUCCUUUAUUCGUGAUGAAGACGAAGACAAGUGGUAUCGCUUCAAUGACGACAAAGUAUCGGUGAUUCCCAAGGAAAAGAUAGAGGCUUUGGCUGGAGGUGGAGAGAGCGACAGCGCCCUUAUUCUAAUCUAUAAAGGCUUUGGCUUGUAA